AUGUAUGAUAGAACGUAUCUAGGAAGACGUGGGCUUAAACAACAUUUUAAAGAAGGAGUUGUUGUGUUUCUUACUUAUGUGUUUGCUCAAGAAUACUGUCGAAGCGAAGAAGGGGUAAGAUACCCGUGUUUCAAGUGUGGUUGCAGAAGUAUAAUUAGUGAUCCAAAUAAAGUGAAACGCCACUUGGAGAAAGAUGGUUUUAGGCCAAAUUAUUGGGUGUGGUAUUCUAAUGGAGAAAUACUUCCAGAGAUGAAUAGAGAGGCUUCAAGCAGUCAAACACAUAUUGGAGUUGAGAUAGGUACAGAGACAUUAAGCAGUCAAUCACAUUUGCAAGACUAG